GUUGAGAGAGGAGACUACGGCCGAGGAUCGGGAUGAGGAGUUGGAGUGAGAGCAAUGUUGGGAGAGCCCAAGUUGGGCCUGUAAGAAUCACGAUUUGACGACCCCGUUACGAUGUUCCUCCAAAGAUCACAGCCUAUAAUUCUAAAAUGUCAGUCAUACGUGACUGGAAGCUGUGGCUUGACUUACAGGUCCUGAACACUUAAUGUGUAUGCAAACCCAUUGUACAUGUCUAGGACGGAUUGGCGAUCCCCGAGUGCCCGCUCAUAUGCGCUCAUAGCCGGAAUUCGGAUGCGCUCGGGAGGAUCUGGCAACCGGGUGGACUUUUGAAAGAGGAGAUAGCAGAUUCUACGAGACAUUCUUGCCACGAAUCACGAUGGGAGUCAAAGGCAAGCUGUCGACUUUUGGUCUAUUGGACAAGAUCCGAUCCCACGCAAGCGCUUCACCAUCCUCCAUCGCAAUCACCGACUUGGCUCAUGGAGGAUUAGCAGUGACGUAUUCUCAACUUUUAUCAGAUACCAUUUCUCUAGCCGCUACGCUUGUGGACACAUACGGCUCUACAGGUCAAGCGGAUGAUGGAGGACUGAAGGAAGAUCGGAUAUGUAUCCUGUGCUCGAAAGGGUACUUGGUGCCUCUGGCCAUGUUGGCAGUCUGGACAGCGGGAGGGCUAGCUGUCCCACUCUUACCGGGUAUGCCUUUACCUGAACACGAGUACAUGGUGGAGAACAGUGAAGCCAAGCUGAUCAUUUGUGAUGAGAAGAUGAGGCCGAGAGCAGAGGAGCUGGCCGUGAUCGUCAAGAAGAACGGAGGACGACAGUGUGAGAUCAUGGAACUGGAUUUAGAGGACAUAAGGGAGAAGAGUAUAGAAUCUGGGAAUGGGGAGGAUGCUCUGGAGGGAGCUCAAGCGCUCGAAGGGCAUCGUAGAGCCAUGAUGUUAUUCACGAGCGGAACGACUGGUCGACCCAAAGGGGUCGUUACGAGACAUUCGGCUCUCAGUUCACAGGUCUCAGCUCUGGUCGAAGCGUGGAGAUGGACUCCGUCAGACAAUCUCUUGCAUAUACUUCCAUUGAAUCAUCUCCAUGGAAUCACAGUGGCUCUCUUACCGACCUUGUGGGCCGGAGCAAGCGUCGAACUUUGGGAGAAAUUUGACGGUCCAGCGAUCUGGCGCAGGUGGAUCAACAAGGAGGCCAAAGAGCCCAUCACCAUGUUCUUUGGAGUUCCUACUGUGUAUUCUCGGCUGAUUGCUGCUCAUGCCGCUUUAAGUCCAGAAGAACAAAAAGAAGCGUCUGAAGGCUCGUCGAGACUUCGACUGCAAGUCUCAGGAUCUGCCCCUCUGCCCGAGAGCGUCAAGAAAACAUGGGAGGAAGAGGGUGGCGUAGGAGGAGGCAUGAAGCUGCUUGAGAGGUACGGCAUGACGGAGACUGGUAUCAUCGCUGGCACAGGCUGGGAAGAUGCGAAACGGGUCAAGGGACACGUCGGGUGGCCUCUGUCAAAUGUAAAGCUCCGUCUUUGGGAUAAGGAGGCGGACAAAGAGGUCAAGGAGGAGGACGUCCCCGGUGAAGUGGAAGUCUCUGGUCCAGGGAUAUUUAUCGAAUACUGGCACCUGCCCGAGGUGACCGCCAAAGAAUUCCACGAUGGAUGGUUCAAGACAGGUGAUGUGGCUGUGUAUUCCUCCGAACCAGCUGCGAAGGGACAGGUCAAGAUUUUGGGGAGAAACAGUACAGACAUCAUCAAAUCAGGUGGAGAAAAGCUCAGUGCAAUAGAGAUUGAGCGAGUGAUCCUGGAGCUGGAAGGGAUGCAGGACGUAGCGGUGGUAGGCAUAGAAGAUGAAGAGUGGGGUCAAGUGGUCGGAGCGUGUAUAGUCACAACGAGACCAGACUUGACGAUCGAGACGCUUCGUUCCGAGUUGAGAGCUCACCUCACCGCGUACAAGAUACCGAAAAGGCUAAAGUUGUACGAAGGGGAAAUUCCGCGGAAUACGAUGGGUAAGGUGAACAAAAAGCAGUUGGUCCUGGACGCCUUCCCGAAACAAUCAGCGUGA